UAACGGUCGGUAACGGUCGGUAACGGUCCGUGACGUUUCACGGUAAAGAUCUGGCGAGUUCGUCAACCAGCUGGGAGCGAUCCGUCGGCUCGGCGUCCGAUUGCGAGGUGACGGCGUCGACGGCGGAAUCCACCCACGACUCCCCGGAGUUGCCCGGCGGCCAGGAACUGCUCGCCUCAACGUGCGACAGUCGCGGCGUUCUGUCAGUUGCGUCGCGUCAGGUGUGCGAGCGCCGCUCUCCUCCGAUCCGCCACGUGCCACGAUGAAGAGGUCGUCGACUCGCUGAUGGCCUCGCGGAUUGACCGAAGAUGUCAGAGCCCACGGACAGUCAGGUGGAACAGUGCGACAUAGUCCUGCCGAGGCAAGGCCUGCUGUAUCAGAACGACACGUCCAACUACAUCCUGUGCAAGCCGAAGCUGAUCCCGCUCAAGUCGGUCACGCUGGAGAAACUCGAGAAGAUGCAGAGGGACGCGGAGAUCAAGGUCAAGGAGACGCAAGAGGCGGGGGGCAGUCUCGAUGCGAGCGCGUAAGCACCACCUAGCCA